UAUAUAGUAUUUAUUACAAUUACUAUGUAGGUAAUUAUGUGUGAAGGUGACUUUGUCUUUUCGUCACAAUUAGAGAGUUUUAUGUUGUAUAUCGGUUGUUGAUGUUUUCUCUCUAAUGAAAGGGGAUGUGGCGAUUAGUGGAUGCUGCUGUUAUUGUCCUCUAGAUGGCAGUAGUGCUGAGCACACAGUUAGCAGAGGCAUUAUCCGAGUAAAAGCUCAGAGCAAGGAAAACUCGUGUGGAGGUUCAGUGCUGAAGAAAUCACGACAACACACUCCAGCUUUUAUAUUGAACCUUCUGCUGCCAGACUGUUUAUCUGACGGACACUUCAGCUGCUUGCCUUUAUUCAGUAUAUAUUGGGGCUCAACUGUAAAUUCCUCUACAGAAGCGAUCAGGAACGCUGGACUUUAUUUCAGCUGAUAUUUCAUACACAAACAGGCCUGAUGGAGGAGACACACCAUGUUAAAAUGAGAGCAAAAACAAAAUCACUGAAGAGAAAAAACAGAAAACGUGUCACCUGCACUCAGUGUGGGAAGAGUCUGGCAGACAAAGACAGUCUCAAGAUCCACAUGCGGAUCCACACUGGAGAGAGACCAUUCACAUGUUCUCAGUGUGGGAUGAGUUUCAAAGACUCAUCAGCCCUUAGAAGACACAUGUUGAUCCACACUGGAAAGAAAGCACACACAUGUGAUCAGUGCGGAAAAUCAUUUAGGUUGUCUUCAGGCCUGAAUGAUCACCUUAGAGUUCAUGCAACUGAGAAGCCAUAUUCAUGCACUGUGUGUGGAAAGAGUUUUGCACAUCAAGUAAAUUUAAGAAGACAUCAGAAGAUCCACAACAGUGUGAGAGAGUAUGUGUGCUCUGAGUGUGAGAAGACCUUUGUUACAGCUGCAAACUUACAACAACACCAGAUGAUUCACAGUGGAGAAAAACGAUACAAGUGUUCACACUGCGACAUGAGAUUCAGUUGGUUAGGAUGCCAGAAAACACAUGAGAGGACUCACACCGGAGAGAAACCAUACAAGUGUUCACACUGCGACAAAAGAUUCGGUCGGUUAUCAAAUAUGAAAAUACAUGAGAGGAUUCACACUGGAGAGAAACCUUAUACCUGUUCACACUGCGACAAAAGAUUCAGUCAGUUAAGAAACCUGAUAACACAUGAGAGGAUUCACACUGGAGAAAAACCUUAUCCGUGUUCACACUGCGACAAGAGAUUCAGUCAGUUAGUAAGCCAGAAAUCACAUGAGAGGACUCACACUGGAGAGAAACCGUACAGCUGUUCACACUGCGACAAGAAAUUCAGUAAGUUAAGAAGCCUGAAAUCACAUGAGAGGAUUCACACUGAAGAGAGACCGUACAGCUGUUCACACUGCGACAAGAAAUUCAGUAAGUUAAGAAGCCUGAAAACACAUGAGAGGACUCACACUGGACAGAAACAAGUGAGAUUCAGUCAGUCAGAAACAUUGAAAAACACACAAGAGUGUCACGUCUGAGAGUAACCUUAACAGAUAUGCAAACUUGCAGUAUUGAUGGGUUGUUCUGGAACAAAUCUUUAAUGUGACUCUGCAAUAACGAGUCCUUUCCGAGUGAUUCUUUCAUUGCUGCAUGUGCAGAUAGGGGAAAUAAUUAUUUUAUAUUCUAUCAGGUUUAAGUCGUUCAUUAAUCACUUGAAAUAUCUGUCGAUCUAUCCUCUAUGCACUUUGAGCAAAAAAAAAUUUAAGUCCUCUGGUUUUUGAGUACAUGUAACUUGAUAUCAGGAUUGUAUGUAGGCAAUAGUUCAUUAUUUAUUAUUUAAAAUCAUUAUUUUCGUCUGAAAGAGCUCAACUCUUUCAGUAUUCACAGCACCCAAAUGUGUUAAACCCUGUCAUUACACAUUUAAAAGAUAUUAGAGAAUGUUUUGUUCUUUAAGUUGAGGAUAAUUCAUUAAUAUAGAUCAGGCGUGUCCAAACUCGGUCCGGGAGGGUCGGUGUCCUCAGCCUGAUCUCACGAGGAAACAAAAGUAUUUUACGUUUUGUCAGUUUAUCGGCUAAUUCGGACAAAAUUAAAGUUGACAAAAUUUACCCUACCCAAUUCACCUGUACCGCAUGUCUUUGGACUGUGGGGGAAACCGGAGCACCCGGAGGAAACCCACGCGAAGGCAUGAAGAACAUGCAAACUCCACACAGAAACGUCUUUAAUUCAGCUACCAUCAGACCUGUUCAGAAAGGUUCUUUUACAUGUUUAUGAUGAAGGAGGCCUCAUGGAAUCCUUCAUCUUGGUCAAAUAUAUAGUGGAGUUCAAGCUCUCCAGAUGUGAAUCCUGUGGUUGGCUCUACAAAAACACUGGAUACUGUGGCGAUGGGAGGAAAGGGAUGUACAAAGCAUUCUAUUCAGACAAGAGUCUGACGACUUCUGCCCUAUGCACUGCUACUAAACGAUGAAUGGAUGGAUUUGUACUUAAUGGAUGGAUUUGUGGUGAACUGAUGGAUGUAUGGAUUUGUAGUCAGUGGAUGGCAUGUUUUUUAUUAAGAGAUUGUUUUAUUUGUAUUUUGAUAAUUAAACCGAAAUGUUUAUUGAAC